AUGCUCUCCGGCAUCCUCAUCUUCAACCAAAAGGGCGAGAACCUCAUCUUUCGCGCCUUCCGCAACGACUGUCGCCCGCGCCUCGCCGACGUCUUCCGCAUCCAAGUCAUCUCCAACGCCCAGGUACGGUCGCCCAUCCUCACCCUCGGCUCAACCACCUUUAGCCAUGUCAAGCAUGAGAACAUCUAUCUGGUCGCGGUGACCAAGAGCAAUGCGAAUGCGGCCCUCGUCUUUGAAUUCCUAUACCGGCUCGUGGGUCUGGGGAAAGCCUACUUUGGCAAGUUCGAUGAGGAGGCGGUCAAGAAUAACUUUGUGCUUGUGUACGAGCUGCUGGAUGAGAUCCUGGACUUUGGAUAUCCCCAGAACACCGAGACAGACACAUUGAAGAUGUACAUCACAACAGAAGGUGUCAAGUCGGAAAGGGCUCUGGUAAGACUCUUGUCCCAAAACCAUGUGGAGAACUCAGAUGGGAACCUGAAAGGCUGA